AAACAAAGAUGGCGGCCUAUGGACGCUGUAAAGAGAAGAAUGUUUAUUAAAACAGCGAUGUUUUCCAAGAUCUGAGUUCAAAACAAUGAUAUUGACCAUCUGAUAUUUAUACACGGGAACAGGCCGUUCAAGACGCGAGCGCCCGAAUUUAAAAUUUCUCGAGGGAAUUUUCAACGCCCGUUUGUCAAAAUUGAGCCUCAGAGGAUGCCAAGUGUGCCCUUACCGAGUCCUAGCUUCUCACAAGGGUGUCACACUCACUAUGCCAAUCCUGACUACAGAAUUUACGAACUAAACAAACGUCUGCAGGAAAAAAACGAGGCUGACAUUCUCUGGUGGAAUGCAUUCACAUCUGAAUUCUUCGAAGAUGAUGCAACCAUGACGCUCAAUUUUUGUCUAGACGACGGCCCUAAAACUUUCACGAUUGGCAGAAAUCUCAUUCCGCGAUAUUUUCGAAGUAUUUUUGACGGUGGAGCGACAGAUCUUUCCUAUUCUUUGGUACAGCCAAAGGAAAGCUAUCAAAAUAAUGUCAUUGUUCUGGACUGUGAUAAGGCGACAAUGACGACGACUUACAUAAAACGUCUUCACACAAAGGUUCUGACCGAAGGACGACUGAUAUUAGAGUUCACUUUUGAUGAUUUGAUGAGGAUACGAACUUGGAGUUUCUUUGUCCACCAUCACGAGGAGUUUGUUUCACGCAGUGUUCUUCAAACGGAUCCUAAUUUCAUGGACGAACAAGCAAAAAAUAUCACCAUUAAAGGAAUGACCAGCAACACGCUUACAUUACUUAACAUUUGUUUCAUUCUUGAACCGAUGCAAGAGCUAAUGUCUCGACAUAAAACGUACAACAUGAAUCCAAGAGACUGCCUCAAAUCGACGCUUUUUCAAAGAUGGAGAAUGUUUACUUCGUCAGGUGCUCCUGGAAUGGAGGGCAACCAUCAACCUGAAAUGCCUUGGCCAGUUCAACAACACAACAAUAUCAACAUCCACGGAAAACGGAGAAAUUCGGCGUCGAAGCGAGACGGAAAUCCAAACACGAAGCCAAAACGCCGUCCUUCAAAGCGAAAACCGACAACCCCGACUUCCUCGUCCGCUGCCAACGCUCCUCUUCCGCAAAACAGCACCGUGAAUAAAAAAAAGAGCUCGAUGUCACCCAGCAGGGUUGGAAACUUUGGUUUGACUUCGCAGGAUGUCAUGGUCGUAGGCGAACCUUCGUUGAUGGGCGGAGAGCUUUGUGACGAAGAUGAGAGGCUUAUCACGAGAUUAACAUCAUUAGAGAACACGGGUUAUGACACUGCUGUCACCCAAGAGGAUGAAUUCCGCAACAGUCCUCUCGCGAAUAGCAGUCCAGUGAUGACACCGUGGUCAGCUGCGGGCGAGGUCAGGAAAGCGUCACAAGAGGAUGGCGUGAACGAGUAACUAUGGCAACAACAUGCUACGACAGACAGACAGAGUUAUUUGAAGUGCUUAUGUAACGAAAUUUCAGACCGCGUUUUUAAACUGUAGACCGUCGCAUCAUUUCGUUUCAAAGGCCAUAGGAACAUCGACCUCCAUACGAGAUUUCCCGCUUGAAACCACUGAUCUAAAUAAUUGACUGGAUUGUGCAGAGAGAAAAAUUUAUAGCCGAAAUACCACUUGCGAGAUCUGAAAAUUUUGAGUAUAAUAGCCCCCCAUUAUUUAUUCACCGGCUGAUUGAGAAUAAAUUAUUCAGUAUCAAUUUGCUUUCAGUAACAAAGUUAUAAUCAUUAUCAUGCAAAACGGAUGCUCUAUUCAGUCUUUCUUUUUAGAUCAGUGGCCAAGAGUCCUCGGGUUACAUCGACACGCGUCGUUUGCGCGAAGCCUCGGCAACAAAAAUCAACAUGAUUUGCGCGCUUGCGGCAUGCGCAAACUAGUCCAGGUAACCCUCGGUCAUCGCUUGUACAUAUUCUCGUGCGCAGUCCUUUCUCGGUGCUAUCAUACGGUGUUAGAAUAUUGCAUGUUAUUGUGGUAAAAGAAAGGGCGAAUGGUUUGGGGGGGAAAAAACACUGGAAACUAUAGAGUACUGUAAAAUACUUCCAUGCCAAACUCUCGUCAAAAGCCACUAUUUAGAGCGCUGUUUUUCAGACUUAGUAUAUAUAUUACGGUAAGACAAAUGUACAUAUUUCAGUCAAGUCCUUGAAAAAAUGA